GGCGCGCCUACGGGGGGAGCGGGCACGCGGCCGGCGGCGCCAGGCGGAGGAGCCGGAGCCGGGAGCGGGCAGCGGGGGCGCGGGCAGCGGGGCCGGGGGAAGCCGGUGCGCGCUCCCGCGGGCCCUGUCUUCCCUUUCGGCGCGGCCUCCGCGGCCCUUCGUCGGCGGGCGGCGCGGAGGGGAGCGGAGCGGGGUGAGGGCUGAAAGACACACAGGAGACUUCAUGGAUAUAGUUGAUACAUUUAACCAUUUAAUUCCUACUGAACACUUAGAUGAUGCCCUAUUUCUAGGAUCCAACCUGGAGAAUGAAGUCUGUGAGGAUAUUAGUACAAGUCAAAAUGUCUUAGAGGAUUCGCUGAAGAACAUGCUCAGCGAUAAGGAUCCUAUGCUAGGAUCUGCAAGUGCCCAGUUCUGUUUGCCUGUUUUGGAUAGCAAUGAUCCCAAUUUCCAGAUGCCUUGUUCAACAGCUGUCCCUGUGAACAGUUGCACAGUGUCUUGUGACCAAGUUAUUGGUCUUGAUGAUAUUAUGGAUGAAGAGGGAGUUAAAGAGAGCGGAAAUGACACCGUUGAUGAGGAUGAGUUAACUUUACCGAACAGGAAUUUGAGGAGUCGCUUAGAAGAAACAUCAGUCGUGUCACCAAGAAAGUCACCACGUUUAAUGGCACAAGAACCGGUACGGAGUUUGCGACAGAGCACACUGGCCAAGCGUUCAAAUGUUGCGCCUCCUGUCAGUACCAAGAAAUCAUCUGUAAAAAGUGGAUCUGCCCCCAAAACAGGACAGAAACAACAAGACAAAAGUCCAGCUAAAGAGGCAGAUGUUGCCACACCGGUGAAAGCAGAACAGCCUAAAGAAGUUAGGCGUAGUACAAGACGAUCAGGACAGACAGAAGGAGCAGUGGCAGCAGUAACUGCUUCCCAAAGUAAUACAAAGGCUCUUCCUGGUCCUGAAGAGGUGAAUGAAGUAAAGUCCGAAACCCCUGAGGCAAAGGUUGAAGAAAUAUCCCAAGAGUUAAGUUGUUCUGAGUUACCAGGAGCUUGUACUUCUCCUGGAGAAACAAAGGAAAUAACAGAGGUUGCAACAAAGACUGAGUCUGGGAAUGUUGAUUCAGUUUGUUCAGCAUCUGCAGAUACUGAAAUUACUGCAGCUAAAAAUGAAGCAAAUGAUGUGAUUGAUUCAAUGGGCUCUGAAACUUCUUCAGAAGAAAAGGCUGAAAGUAAAGCAGAGGAAUUGGAGAAGAUAACAGAAGAACAUGAUCAAAGUGGGAUAACUGGAGAAACUAAUGAUCCAUCUAGCAUUUGUGUGAAUCCAAGUGAAAUUUAUGAGACCUUUCCAAAUUUGUCUGGCUCUUUAGAAGAGGGGGUUGAAUGUAGAUUAGAUUCCCAUAGUGUGGAAUUUCCUGAUGAAAAUACAUUGUCAGUAAAAGAAAGCGUAACAGAGCCUGUAGAUGAUGGCAAGGGAGUAGAGAAAACUGUAAGUUCAUCAGAGGAAUUACUGGACAGUACAGAGUUUGAUAAUAAAGACUUAAAAAGUGAGGAGCUUACUUCUGCUCGCCCAGGAAAUAGCAUUUUAGAAAGCACUGUUCUUGACCAUGCAAGCCAAGAUGUACAGCAGCAGAUCAGCAGUACUAAAGUAGAAGGCCCUGAGACCUCAAAAGUUCAGGAUGAUGAUAAACAAAUUAGUGUUCUUUCAAAAUGUGAAAAGAACAUUAGGCCUCGGCAUAGUAAAUCUGCAGUACAGAAUAAGCAAAAUCUGACUGCAGGUACUCGGCAGAAAUCGGGUACAGUGCAACAAGAUACAAGGAAUUCAAGAACAAGAGCUGGUGUUGCUGUUUCAGGUCUUUACAGUCCAUCUUCAGCAAGUCUGAAGCGGAAUGCAGAUGAGCAAGAGAGUCAUCAGCAUCCAAGCAACCCUGUUAAAAUUAGGAAGAAACAAUCUGAUCUUAGUUUGAAAACAAAGAGUUUUCUUUCAGGGACCACAGUUAAAAAGCAGACCAAUACAGCGCUGAAAAAAAUACCCCGAGUCCAGGCCUCUGGGCAAGGACAGAAAUCAUCAAUUCAGAGAGCAAUUGACAAAUCUCCUACUCAACAAAGCUGUUCUAAAGAUACCCACCACUCCGUGCACCCAGUAUCAGGCCAUAUUUCAAAUCUUGGUCAGAAGCAAGCCCAGAAACAGCUUACAACUGUGCUAAAAACAAAUAGCUCCACAAAGGAGGAGUCAGAGGCAAAAGAUGCCUCUACGGUAGAACAUCUGAAGGAGGAUGAUAAAGAAAAAAAAUCAAAAAGAAUCGAUAAGAAUCUUCAGCCUCGCCAGAGAAGAAGUAGCAAAAGUCUUUCACUUGAUGAACCUCCACUGUUUAUUCCAGAUAACAUUUCAACUGUUAAACGGGAAGGCUUGGAACAUACCUCUGCUAGUGAAAGUAAACAUGUUUGGGUGCCCAGCAAGCAGUGUGGCUUUUGCAAAAAGCCACAUGGCAACAGGUUUAUGGUAGGCUGUGGUAGGUGUGAUGACUGGUUUCAUGGUGAUUGUGUUGGACUGAGUCUAUCUCAAGCACAGCAGAUGGGUGAAGAAGAUAAAGAAUACGUGUGUGUGAAAUGCUGUGCUGAGGAAGACAAAAAGGCAGAGUGUUUUGAUCAAAGUCUACUGGAUACUCAGGUGAAACUUGAAAGCCACAGAGAAGAAAAAGCAGUUGAAUGUGAAAAACCAGGGAUGUCAAAGCAAGCACCUACUUGUAACCUAAAUGUAACAACUGAAAAAACAAAGCAGACAGAAGAUGCAGGGAAGCACAAAGUCAAAAUUUUCAGAAGGGAAUCUGGUGAUGGGAAGAACUUGCCAGAAUCCAGAGACUCAGAUACUAAAAAAGGCCAACAUGUUCCUACUCGAAAAGCAACACAAACUGCUGUAAUUCCUCGGCGAUCUUCAGAUGAGAAAAGUGAAAAAAAUAGUAAAGAGUCCCUUAGCAUGGUUGAAAAGUCCACCAAGUCAGGUGUUCAUGAGAAACAAGAAAUUAAGAAAAAGAAAAAUGAGAAAGGAUCAAUCAGUGCAACACAUCUACCAGCUGUGCCAGCAUCCAAACCUUCUGCUGAUCAGAUAAGGCAAAGUGUUAAGCAAUCUCUUAAGGAAAUUCUGAUGAAAAGGUUGACAGACUCCAGUUUAAAGAUUCCUGAGGAGAGAGCAGCAAAAGUUGCCACAAGAAUUGAAAGAGAACUGUUUUCAUUUUUUCGGGACACUGACUCAAAAUAUAAGAACAAAUACAGAAGUUUAAUGUUCAACCUAAAAGAUCCUAAAAAUAAUAUACUGUUUAAAAAAGUACUUAAAGGAGAGGUUACUCCAGACCAUCUAAUAAAAAUGAGCCCAGAAGAACUGGCUUCCAAAGAACUGGCUGCUUGGAGGCUAAGAGAAAACAGACACACAAUUGAAAUGAUUGAGAAGGAACAGAGGGAAGUUGAAAGAAGACCUAUCACAAAAAUUACUCACAAAGGAGAAAUAGAAAUUGAAAGUGAAACGCCAAUGAAAGAACAAGAAGUUAUGGAAAUUCAGGAACCUAAUAUGCUAAAGAUGUUUGAGAAGACAGAGGAAGCUGACAAAGAUAAAGAAGGAAAUGAAUCUGCAACUCCAGACACCACAAGUCAACACAAAAAUCAUCUCUUCGAUCUUAACUGCAAAAUCUGCAUAGGUCGAAUGGCACCACCUACUGAUGAUAUUUCUGCAAAAAAAGUGAAAGUGUCUGUUGGAGUUGCACGGAAACAAUCAGACAAUGAAGCGGAGAGCAUUGCAGAUGCACUUUCUUCAACAUCAUGUAUUUUAGCUUCAGAAUUAUUGGAAGAUGAUAAGCAAGACUUAUCCAAAUCAUUCUCACCUCUCCCAAAAUCAGAAACACCUGGUACUGUAGAGUGUGAAAGUCUGUUUCUGGCACGCCUGAAUUUCAUCUGGAAGGGUUUCAUCAACAUGCCUUCUGUGGCAAAGUUUGUUAUUAAGGCUUAUCCAGUUUCUGGCUCUUUUGAGUAUUUGACAGAGGAUUUACCUGAUAGUAUUCAAGUAGGUGGCAGGAUAUCUCCUCACACUGUCUGGGAGUAUGUAGAAAAAAUCAAAGCUUCAGGGACCAAGGAAAUCUGUGUAGUUCGCUUUACCCCUGUUACUGAAGAGGAUCAGAUAUCCUAUGCUUUGUUGUUUGCAUAUUUCAGCAGUAGAAAACGUUACGGUGUAGCUGCCAAUAACAUGAAGCAAGUGAAAGAUUUGUAUCUCAUCCCAUUAGGUUCUUCAGAUAAAGUCCCACAUCAUCUUGUGCCUUUUGAUGGGCCUGGGAUUGAAUUGCAUCGACCAAAUUUAUUACUGGGAUUGAUAAUUCGGCAGAAAAUGAAGAGACAGAUUACUGCUGUAGCAAGUGUUACUAGUAGUUUUGUGGAUGAAGCUUCUGAAAGUACCUUGAGUAGCUUGCCGCCAGAGAAGAAAAGCAAGCCAAACAAACCUGAGGUCUCUCAUAAUGAGCUGGUACUAGAAGAAGAAGAGGAAAAUGAUUUUUUUAAUUCCUUCACAGCAGUGCUACACAAGCAGAGAAACAAACCUCAGCAAUCUAAUACAGAUGAUCUUUCAGCAGUAAUUGAACCAUUGGUGGAAAGUACAAAACAUGAACCACCAAAGCCUCUCCGAUUUCUUCCUGGAGUCUUGGUUGGGUGGGAGAAUCAGCCUUCCACGCUGGAGCUAGCAAAUAAACCAUUGCCAGUGGAUGAUAUUCUUCAAAGCCUGUUGGGUACAACAGGGCAGGCAUAUGAACAAAGUAAGCCGGAGAAGAGUCCCAGUGAAGACAUACCUUUAUUAAAUGAACAAACAACUUCAAAUGAAGAAAAUAUGGAUGUUGCUGAAGUAACUACUGAAGUUAGUGAGACAAAGGCUAGUUCAGAUGAUACACAAGAAUCCACUAAUGCUACUGCACCUGGGGAUGCAGCAGUUAUAGGGACCUCAAGUUCUGCAAGGAGUGCUGGAACUUUGAUAGGACUUAGUCUAAAGGGAAAGCCUCCUGAUGUCUCUACAGAAGCAUUUUUAGCAAAUUUAUCUGCUCAGUCACAGAAUAAAGAAACUGAAGAAAGUAAAGAAAAUGAUUCAAAGCGGCAAUUGCCUGACAAAGAUAAUACUGCACAGGAAAUUAGAAAGACAACAAAUUCCAACUUUUCUUCUUCAUCAAGUGCAGGAAAAAAAAACGAGAACAAUGGUAAUGCAAGCUCUGCUGAAGGUGCCACUGCUAAUACUUCUAAAUCGCCACAAUUUAUUAACCUUAAGAGAGACCCCCGACAGGCAGCUGGACGAAGCCAGCAGACUAGUGCUUCAGAAAACAAGGAAGGGGAUGUUAGCAAAAAUGAAGACCGACAGAAUGUUUCAGGAAACGAACAAAUGGAACAAGAGAAUAAAUCUUCUGGAGAAAUGGGAUUAAACUUGUAUCAAACUGAUGCACAAACAAAUGAGAUGCAGUGCAGUUCAACUGCAACAAAAGCAGAUAAUGCAAGUGCAUCGCAAGCAGAAGAUACCAAACAGUCCCAGGAAGAUGCACUGAUGCAAAACAUUGAAACAGUAAACUCAUUUAGAAGAGGACCAGCAGCAACUUCAUCUCAUUUUGAAGCUGAAAAUUCUUCUCGUUCAGAGUUUAUGUCCAAAGUCCCAAGCCCUGGCAGCUUCUCAUCUGUUAGACCUCCACAACAGAAUUUUCAGCAUCCUAAGUCUAACCCACCUGGAUUUCAGUUUCAGGCUCCUACACCUCAUAACUUUCCUCCACAAACCAACCCUAUGUUUGGAUUUCCUCCUCAUUUACCACCUCCACUUCUUCCUCCUCCAGGCUUUGGCUUUCCUCAAAAUCCGAUGAUGCCAUGGCCACCUGUAGCUCAUUUAUCAGGUCAGCCACCACACUAUGCUGGACCCAUUGCACAAGGGCUACCAGUGCCUCACAAACAAUCCAGAUAUUUGGGGCCAGAAAAUUUUUUUCAGAGUAAAGACAGUAGGAGACCAGAAAGACGUCAUAGCGAUCCUUGGGGCAGACAAGAACAGCAAUUGGAGAGAGGGUUCAGUAGAGGAAAAAAUGAUCAACACAGACAAAGGUUUUAUAGUGACUCUCAGCACCAAAAGAAAGAAAGACAAGAAAAAGAGUGGAACAAUGAAAAAUACUGGGAGCAAGAUUCUGAAAGAAACAGACGCAGAGACAGAAACCAGGAAAAAGAGAGAGAGAGAAAGAGUAGAGAGGAAGGACAUAGAGACAAAGAAAAAUUGCGACUUCCACACAGUGAUAGGGGUGCUGAUGGAAAAUGCCCCAGAGAGACUAGAAAUCCAGAAAAAAAGACGGAAAAGCCUAAGACGGAGGAGCAGGAUCAAGAAAAAGAUAAGGAGAGGGAGAAAAGUAAAGAGAAGCAUAGAGAACGAGAAAGUGAAAAGAACAGAGAUAGACAUAGGGACCACAGUGACAGAACUAAAAGCAAAAGGUAAAAAGAUGCAGGCAGUCUUUUAAAAUCCUAUUUAAAUAAACUGUUAGAUUAAUGUCGUAAAACUUUGUAUAAAAAAAAAAAAAAAAAAGCCUGCUAGGAUUGUGCCAUCUUUUUUAUUCAGUGUUGGUGUUUUGCAGAAACAAGUCUGUGUUUUGGUACCACUCAGUGUACCAAUACUCAUCCUUUUUUUCAUUAUACCAACUAUCGCUAGAAGUAGGAGUUUAAUAUUUUUAAAGAUUUUACAUUGCUGUAUAUUCAAAAUUUUAAAGAUUUCUUUUAUUAAUAUGCAAUAAAGGCUUAGAAAUUUUCUUAGCUGAUAAAGUUGGCUUUAGUCAAGUCUGCAAUAUAGUCGCUGCCUUUGGUAAUUUGUGUUCUCUUCUGUUUUAAGAUGCUCUGAUAAUUUUAAAGAUGAAUUUCAUACGAUAACCUUCUUUUUAAAUUGCACUCUUUUUAAGGAUUGUAGCAAAGCCUCAGAAUCCACACAUACUACAACAAAAUAUAAUAUGCUCGGCGAUGUGAAGAGUUUUUUAAAUUAUUCAGUAGUACAAUAAAAUAAUUCAAGUGUAUUUCAUCAGUUUUUCAAGUAUUUCCUAAGCAUCUAAAGCAGUUUGUGACCAGAAAUUGGAAGGCUGAGCUGCUCAAUUGUUAUUGCUUUAAACUGCACUUGUUUUAAUAAGAAAGCAUUUUUAACCUAAGUUCUUGAAAAUAUGAUUUGUGGUAGUUGAUUCAUUUCUCCCACCACUUUCCAUGCUUCAAAAACUUGAAUACCUAAGCUUGUACAUUAUUUUGUGUUUUGCUAUCCUUUUUACUGUAAAAUGUAAAUAUUUUAAGGGAUAUUUUGAUUCUAAAAUGAUAAAACUUUCUCACAUACUGUGUGUGUUUGUUUUCAUAGGUGUGACACUGUAGGCUAAAUGAAUAUAGCAGGCUAAGUUGUACAAUGCCACACUGGUUUUAUGCUUCAUGGUUAAGUCAUUCCGAGUUUUGGGGGGGUGAAGAGAGGGGAGAAAGGCAGAGGGAAGUUUGUACCAUUGGGACUUGUAGUAAAUUGACUGCCAUCCAUUGCAAAAACCAAAAGCCAGAAAAAAAGGAAAAAAAAAGAAGAAAAUCUGAAUACAAACUAAAAUCUCCUGCUCUUACCCUUCCUUAAAUACCCCGGUCAUUUUGUCAAGUCUGUUAGAAACAAGAAAAACAUUCCAUUAUGUAAACCAAAAAUUAGGUUUAUUGUUCUGUUUCUCAGUGUUCUGUUUUUUAUUUUGAGUACAUUACCUUAUGUAUGGACAUCGCAUUUUGCACUUUGCUGUAGAAAAGCCUCUUCUUUUUCAGAAGGUCUUUCCAGUCUAACAACACACAAAUAACUGUUCAUUUUCAUUAUGGAUGUAUUUUAAAGUAAAAUUUCAUUUGGGUACCCUACAGAUAGAUUCACAGUCAAAUCAACUAAAAUAAAAAUCUUGCACCAAA